AUGUGGCCACGCCACCAGGAAGUAAAGAGACAUUGCGACAUUUCGAAAAUAUCCCCCGUAUCUGCUCUCCACGAUAGGACACUUCCAGUUUGCAUUUUGUUAUCUCAUGCUUUCUGUUUAGGUAGAUUUUGCGCGCAGGUCUUGUCCUCUCGGCUGUCAGUGUCUUAUCUUUUUUGCCCAAUGGCCAGUUCAUUUCCAAAUGUAUCCGAGCUGGUUGCGCGUGCUCGGCGUUUGUAUCGGCAAGUGUUCGGGGAAGAGGCUCCGCAGGUGGCGGUGUGUGCUCCUGGAAGAGUCAACCUGAUAGGGGAGCACACUGACUACAACCAGGGAUUUGUACUUCCAAUGGCGCUGCCCCUGGUGACUGUGGUGGUAGGCAGUCAAACCUCUGGCCAGGAUGUUUCUGUGGUAACAGCAGCUGAGGAUGCUGGUGGGCCUUUGAGAGCGGACUUCAGCCUGCCCAGUGAUGGAUCACCGCUGAGUCCCGGGUUACCCAGCUGGGCAAACUAUGUGAAGGGUGUUAUACAGCAUUACAGGGCCCCUCCUGUGCCAGGUUUUAGGGCAGCGAUAGCCAGCAGUGUCCCCCUGGGAGGAGGUCUGUCCAGCUCUGCCUCUCUGGAGGUGGCUUUCUACACAUUCCUGCAGCAACUCAAACCAGAUGAUGGAGACAAGGUGUCCAAAGCACUAGCAUGUCAGCAGGCAGAACACACUCAUGCUGGUGUACCAUGUGGCAUAAUGGAUCAGUUUGUGUCUGUCCUCGGCAGGGAGGGACAUGCUCUGCUCAUUGACUGCAGGUCCCUGGAAGCCACCUUUGUCCCCCUUGCAGAUCCAGGACUGGUCAUUCUAAUCACCAACUCCAAUGUGAAGCACUCUCUGACUGGCAGUGAGUACCCCACGAGACGCAGACAGUGUGAGGAGGCUGCCUCCAUCCUGGGAAAGGCCAGUCUCAGAGAUACUACCAUGAAGGACCUGGAGGAGGCAAGAGACAGACUGGAUGCUGUUACCUAUCAAAGAGCUCGUCAUGUGAUUGAGGAGAUAGAGAGAACCGUCCAAGCAGUAGAAACCCUGAAGAGGGGAGCCUACGCAGAGUUUGGCAAGCUUAUGGUGGAGAGCCACAACUCCCUGAGAGAUCUGUAUGAGGUGAGCUGCAAGGAGCUGGAUGAGCUGGUGUCUGCAGCCAUGGAAGUGGAGGGGGUGUUCGGCAGCCGGAUGACAGGUGGAGGAUUCGGUGGAUGCACUGUGACUUUGAUGCAGGCCCAUGCCGUUGACAGGACUAUACUCCACAUAAAGGAGCGAUACAGUGGAACCCCGACUUUCUAUGUCACAACUCCAUCAGAGGGAGCUCGGGCUCUCAGUCUGCCCUGACCCUUAUCAACAUAUCACUGCACAACAUUGCUUUAUACAGGCUUUGCCACUUGAUGUUUUUUUAAAUUUCUGACCAUUAGAUGAUCUACUGUUAUGCUGAAUAGAAAUAACUGAAAAGCAUUCUCUUAAUGAAGGAAAACCGCCACAGUAAAACAGUGCUUCCUGGUAACAUUUUAUCACUAGAUUUUUUUAUGUCUCAACUAUGCAAUACUUUGCCUUCUAGAUAACUUGUAGGUAACUGUAACUGUUUGUAAAAAUAUGACUUUAAUGGAAUUGUGAAAUUGCUGGCUAAGUUGACUUACAUGGAAUAAAAUGUUCACAAAAUGUGAAAUGAUAUUUUUCUUAAAUUAGGUAGCAGCAGCCGGCUGUUUUAACGUGAAGAGAGAGCUCUUAUAAACUGUGAUCUGUGUGCUCACUGUGACGGCCCCAUGGCCAUCGUGUGAGUCUAUUUCUUCUGUUUCUAGGUUCCUCGUUCUGUUUGUUUUCCUUUGGAUAGCAGGUGCCGGGAGGGUGAUUGCUGAUUGCUGUAGUUGGAAGCAUCUGAGCCCGAUGCUUUCAGCCUAUAAGAAGUGGACUCUUCCAGCCUGAACUGGCUCUCUCUUCCUCCUCAGCUCAUAUUGUAGUUUUUGUUCAUUCAGCCAACAUCUCUCUCACCUUUACCACACUGCACUCAUGCACACACGCACCUUCACCACUGACUUACUGAUACUCACACCCCAGACGCAUUCUUAGUUUAUUUUUGAGUUAAUUUGCUUUAUCAUUUUUAAAUGAAUUCUUUGAAUUUGUCUUUGCCCUGCGUUUCCCUCGCAUCUACAACCUAUCUUCUAUAACCAACCAGCUGUCACACACAGUUAGAGAAUAACAAGUGAAUAUAGUGGAGAGAGGACAAAGGAUAUUGCUCUGAUUCAUCAGGUAGACACAUGCAGUAUGUGUCCAGGUACCAAGAAUUAACGGUAAAGCUGCAAGUUAGCCUACAACAGGGACCUUAAAUGUAUUUGAAAAAGCGUGAUCUUGGUUAAAACAGCUGGAUUUAAUGCAAAUUCAGUUGAAUCCCUGCCCUGCACUGGUCAUUCCUCCAUUCCUACAUGCACAGAUCAUUUCUAGAAUCCUGCUCACUACAGCCACACUACUGCACCUGAGCCCACAGACUACAUCCAGUCAAGUAAGGCUUGAUGAUAUUACCGGGGUAAAUAUAUUUGAUCUUUGGUAUUAAAGGUUUACUAGCAAAAAAUAAAUCAAAAUGUUUAAUUGGUAAAUCAGAUAUGCUGAAUAUAAGAUAGCUAACACCAUGUUUAUGUGUUUAUUUUAGUCAACAUUCAUGGUUUUUUAUUGUUCACUGAAAGAACUGAUUAAUGUACUCACAAAUAAAUCAAAAAUAAAAUAGUAAUUUCUAA